ACUCUUCUAAAAAUAAAUGGCUGAUGAAUUUCGCCCCUUGUUUACAGGUUGCUUAUCUCUCUGAAUCAGAUCACUUCAGGAAGAACAGGGUAGAAAAGUGGAGGGAAAGAGCAAUCAAUAUUCAUUAUCGAAAAGUGCUGGUCGACGAAACUUGCAGACAUAGAUAUUUGUGUUUUUUUUACCAUUGUGGUCUUCCUGAUCUAGAAAAUGUUGCUGCCUUGUUGGAUACUCGUAUCUUUGAUUUCGGCAUUAGCGAAUGCACAAGAGAACAACAUUAGGCUUGUUGGUGGCUUUAUGAGUAGAUUCGGCCGAGUCGAGGUGUUGCGCAACGGAAAAUGGGGUACCAUCUGUGACAACGGCUGGGAUCUGCAGGAUGCCAAUGUAGUCUGCCGCUCCCUGGGAUUUGGUCAAGCUCUUGAAGCUGUGUCAGGUGCAGGAUUCGGGCGAGGCAAAGGACCUGUGCUUUUCGAUGGAGUAAACUGCUCAGGGGAUGAAAAAGAUAUCUUCGAGUGCGAGAAUGUAGGAACCACCUCGUGCGGACAUGAUCACGACGCAGGGGUACGAUGUGCACAAUUUCCAGCAUCAAACAUCCGAUUAGUAAACGGUUCGAAUCCUACCGAAGGCCGGGUCGAGGUACUAGUCAACGGUACAUGGGGUACGGUCUGCAAUUCGUAUUGGGAUGAUACUGAUGCUGAGGUGGCGUGUCAGAGCCUGGGAUUCCCUAAAAUCGGUAUUGCUGUCGUCCGGGCGAAAUUUGGAGAGGGCACUGGGCCAAUCUGGAUGGGUCAUACUCAAUGUACAGGAGACGAAGAGAAUCUCCUGGACUGUUCACAAGCUGCCCCGGGACCGGCGUAUUGCGACCACAGCUCGGAUGCAGGGGUACAAUGUGAUCCAGCAUCAACACUUCGUCUGAUCGGUGGUUCAUCCAGGUUUGAAGGCCGAGUUGAGAUGCAAUACAACGGCGAAUGGGGAUCAGUUUGCAACGAUCGAUUUAAUCGCGAUGAAGCCACUAUCGUGUGUCGAACACUCGGCUUGGGUUACCCUAGCCAUGUUUUCUACGACAACGAAUUCGGUGAAAGUAACUUGACCAAUGUGUAUAAAUUCAACUGCGACGGCUGGCGAUCAAGCAUUCUCCGUUGCGGAGAAAUCACUACCCACGAUUGUCGUUACGGACGAAACGUUGGUCUCCGCUGCCAUGAAGGAAUUUUCGCACCUACACGUCUUCGAGGAGGUCCUUCGAAUUCACGACAGGAAGGUCGCGUCGAAGUCCUUUACAACGGCCAAUGGGGAACCGUCUGUGAUAGUGAUUGGACUCUCUUCGAACGACCUUCCAGUAUAGUUUGUAAUUCUAUAGGAUUAGGCUAUGCUGAAGAAGCAGUCAGCGGCGGCCGCUAUGAGACGAGUCCGGGACGUAUGGUUCUGGAUGACGUCUUCUGCUACGGUGGCGAACCUGACAUCACACAGUGCGACAGUCGCGGUUUGGGGGUCGGUUAUUGUUAUCCUCAGGCAGAAGCAGGAGUGAAAUGUAUACGAAGUCCACAAGCAUCGAUCCGCCUAACUGGUGGUGAAUCGAUCUACGAGGGACGAGUUGAGGUUCUUUACCGGUUUCCAUGGGCGAGUGUCUGCGAUGAUGGCUGGGAUCUGACUGCUGCCAACGUAGCAUGUCAAAGUCUAGGAUACGGUCCUGCACUUGAAGCUAUCUCUUAUGCCGGCUUCGGUCAGGGGAGCUUUGCAAUUGCUUUGGAUGAGUUGAACUGCACUGGGGAUGAAGAUAGCCUCUUUCAAUGUAAGAAUCUUGGGAUCGGUGUCCAUGAUUGCGAACAUGGAGAAGACGCAGGAGUCCGUUGCUCCCCACCCGUGUCAGGAUCAGUACGUGUCGUCGAUGGCCCCUCGAGGGAGGAAGGUCGGGUCGAAGUCUUUUACGACGGAGAAUGGGGAACCAUUUGUGAUGAUUUCUGGGAUGACACAGAUGCCAGUGUCGUUUGUCGAAUGCUUGGACUAGGUGACUCCGGAACUGCCGUCGGCUGCGCUAUCUACGGAGAAGGUUCAGGUGAUAUCAUUCUUGACAACGUCCGCUGUUUGGGAAACGAAACAGAUCUCUACUCCUGUCCAAGUAAUCGUCCAUUGCAUCACGAUUGCGCACACUCAGAAGAUGCGGGAGUACGAUGCAGUAACUCACGAAGUAUUCGUGUAGUUGACGGACCAUCAAACAGCGAGGGACGAGUCGAAGUCUUUUAUAACGGCACUUGGGGAACCGUUUGUGAUAAUCGAUUUGACAUGAACGCCGCCUACGUCGCUUGUCGUUCUCUUGGCUAUAACUACGCACUGGAAGUAAUCAGCCAGGCUGGGUAUGGAAUGGGAACGGGACCUGUCAUUCUUGCUGAUGUAAGAUGCUAUGGACCCGAGGAGAACCUUUUCCAGUGCCAGAAUAUUGGUCCAAUGAACGCCUAUUGUAAACACCAUGAAGAUGUCGGUGUUAGUUGUUCCCGGAGCACAUCAACACCCAUCCGUCUUGUUAACGGCCCAAAUGAUAGAUCUGGACGAGUGGAGAUAUUAUUCAAACAACAAUGGGGGACUAUUUGUCACGACGACUGGGACAAUGCUGAUGCCGCCGUGGUGUGUAGAAGCCUUGGUCUUGGUAACGAGGGAUACGCUCGAACGUAUGCUGCUUUUGGUGAGGGUACUGGUGACGUCAUCCUUGCCAAUCUCCGAUGUACCGGAGAGGAGACAGACCUCAUGGCCUGUCCAAGCACGGGUCCCCUCAACAACAGAUGCCUACACUUCCAAGAUGCAGGAGUCGUCUGCCCAUGAGGACGAGAUGGAAGCAGUCAGAGCUGUGCAUUGCUUAAAGCAGAUUACGUGUCAUUAUUGAUGCUUAAAUCGUUCUCUUUUUUAUUCUCACACACUGCGAAAACUGUAGUGUAUGCCCGUAUACUGAAGUCGGGUUUGACUCUGUGCUAAAAUUAUAUGGGGAGCCAAAAAUGCAAAAAUUUUGUUUACAUUGUACGUUAUUUAUGUUGACUGUUUACUUUCUUGAUUCUUCAAUGGUGAAGAUAUUUAUCUUAUUCACACUUCCCAGACCAGAUUUAAGAGUAUUAAUGAGCUGAUACAUUAAAACUCUACCGUUAGAGAAUUAUGUCAAAUCGGCUAUAAUUAAACCACAACUUAGACCAGCUAGAGUUUACAAUAAACCCGACUUCAGAAUUUGGGCCAUAGUGUUUACAGAGUACCGCCGAUUACUCCGUGAAUUUUACACCAAUGUCUAUGGUGUUAGUUCGGCACCAAUUGGUGUUGUUAUAACACAUUCUGUUUGUCGGUGUUAUGAUCAAACUCCAUGGUGUAAUUUUAACACCGGAGGUUGCAUGUGCUCCUUUCAAAACACAGAAUGAUGUCCCUCUUAUGGUGUAUCCUCUUUUAUUUUAUUUUUUAUAGUAUCAAUGAACUGUACACUACUCUGAUUUCCUGCUUAGCUAUUUUUUUCAAGAAGGGUGCUAUAUUAUGGCUGUCUAAAAUAUGUCAUGGAUAGACUUAUCGUUUUGCAUAUAAACAUGUGAUUGUCUUAAAAUGCUUUUAUGUAUUUCAAUUUAUCUUUUUUUAAUUUAUUUGUACAUAGUUAUAAAACAUGGUCAAAACUGUUUCGAUUAACAUUUCAAAAAGAUGAUAACGCACAUAAUAUCAAUGAUAACUGAACAUGGAAAAAAAGACUCAUGGCCAUAUUGUAGAUUUUUACAUGUUGACAUGUUGUUAAAUUAUUAUUAUGGGUAUGUAGUUAAAAAUAUCUUACGGGGAACAGCACGUAAACGUAUUAGCAGAGCUCAUUAACAUACUCCGAUAAAAAGAAGGCGGAGCUAGAACCCAUCCUUUCAUUGUAGAGAUUAAUAGUUAUAUGAUAAUAUCAAUAAAGGCAUAUGUUAUCUUGUUGCUCUUACAAUGGUAUCGUUGAAUUGAUUUCCGUUUUCAUUAAAAUAAAUUCUUUUACCAAUGA